AUGAGUAUCGUUGAAAAAGAAUCCAUUAUGGAUAUCGGAAAACAUUGUUCCAAAUGUCAAAGAAUAGACUUUCUUCCUUUCCAAUGUGAAUUCUGUAAAUUAAUAUUUUGUGGGGACCAUAGAAAACUAGAACAACAUCAAUGUCCUGGAUUACAAGAGAAACCUAUAAGGAGAAGUACCAGUCCAGAAGGUCCUACAGCUGCAUCUUUAUUUCCAAAUAGAGACAAUGAUAGGGUAAGAAUCAAUCAACUAUUAAAAGACCCAAAACCUACCACACUUAAAGAGAAAUCUACCGCAGUUAUGAAAUUGACUAAAUUCUUGCAUUUACAGAAAUUGAAAAGACAAUCUAAAACCACAUUAUUUUCUAAGAAACCUAACCCCAUAGUAGAAAUACAAUCAUUGAAAAAAGUAUCGAAAGGUGAUAUCAAAAUAAAACCUGAAGAUAGAAUAUAUAUAUGGUGUCUUUACUUAAAACAUGAAGAUUUCGAGAAAAUAGAUAGUUUGAAAGAUAGGAAAGGGAUUUUCAUCAAUAAAAAUUGGUCAAUAGGUAAGAUCUUAGAUUAUUUAAGUGAUCAAUUGAGUAUUAUAAAUAAGAAUAACCAAGUUGAUGAUAUACAUGAAAGAUUAAAUAUCUUCAAACUUGUUAAAGAACAACCUGAAUUAGUCAAAACCUCAUCCAAAGGAAAGGAUUUAAAGAACGGUGAAACAUUAUAUUUGGUUAGGGGUAUAUAG